AUGGCGGACGAGCAGCCCGAGUUCCACAAAGUCAUCAUUAUUGGCGCAGGCGUCGCCGGUUUGCGGUGUGCUAGUCAACUGGUGCACGUUAAAAAUAUCAAGGACGUGCUGGUCGUCGAGGCGUCAGAUCGUGUAGGUGGGCGCGUGAUGAACUCGACGAGCUUUGUCCCGGGCAUGAGCAUCGAGCUUGGCGCCGAGUUCAUGCACGGCGCCAAUACAACGCUAACGCGACUUGCCAAGGAGCUGAAUAUCGGCUUGCGCGAGAUCUUCACGUGGGCUCAGGGCGACGGUGGUCCAACUGAACCUGCUCCUGAUGGAGGCAUCGGCUACUACUAUAUCGGCGAUCAAAAGCGCAUGCUGAAGUAUGACGACCAAGAUGAGGAGUUUGUCAAGUUUAAUCUGUCCGUAGCCGACUUGAGCGAUUUUGAGAACAUUGACCAGAUUCCACCUGAGAAGUCCAUGAGGGAUUACUUCAACGAGGUCGAUCUGUCUCCGUCCAUGAUGAAGCUGUGUGAGGCUGGAUACGCCAAUACAGCCGGUGGCCCGCUGGAAGAUAUAUCACUGCGCACUACGUGCCGGUACGAAAAGCAGUGGAUUGAGCAGGAAGACGAAGGUGAUUACCGUGUUGUGCCGAGCUUCAUGCGUUUUGUUGAGUACUUUGCUGAGGGCGUGACGACCCGACUUAACUGGCCCGUAGCAAGUGUGAAUUACUCUCAGAGCGAUCGCAUUCUAGUGACUAGUACAUCGGGCGAGCAGCUGUCAUGCAGCACGCUAGUUGUGACUGUGUCAACUGCUGUGUUUUCAAAGAUCGUUUACAUGCCAGCGCUACCAGAGAAAAAGAUCGCUGCUGUAAAUUCUUUCGACAUGCGUCGCACUGGCAAGGUGCUGCUCCACAUGGCUGGGCGCUUCUGGCCCGAGAACGCACAUGGUAUCGUGUGCUCGGACUGCUUUCUGCCCGAGUUCUGGUUCAACAGCACGCAGGGUAUUGGCCACCUAGAACAUAAUGGUGAUGAGCUGUGUGCUGAGAUGGAGGCGAACAAGCCUGGCGAUACUGAAACGCAAUUCCUAAUCACGGCUUUUGCUGGUGCCUUGUACGCGGAAAGCUUUGUGGGCAUGCCACACGAUAAGAUCAUUGAGGGCUUCCUCGACCAGCUCGACAUGAUUUAUGGCACCGUAGACGAGCCGUUCCCAGCGCACAAGUUCUUCGUCAAGGGGACGUACAAAGACUUUGGAGAUGAACCGUGGAUUGGUGGCGGAUAUGCUUUCCCGCGCGUCGGUCAAUCAGACUCAGCUUCCGAGGACCUGGCCGCUGCUGUAGACAAUCGUGUUUUCUUUGCUGGGGAAGCCACAGCGUUUGAACAGCCAGGAAUGUCAGUGCACGCUGCAGUGGAUACUGGAACUCGUGCAUCUGUGCAGGUUGCAAGUGCGUUGCAGGAGCUAAAAGCAGUAAGUGAUUUAGACAAACAUCAUUGA